UUCCAGGUUGACUGUCGACGACUUCGCGCAUAGCUUCCGGCGUUUCGAUCCCAUUAUCGAUGUAAUCGUCGAUCUCCUUUAACAGUUCCUCCCGCUUCUUGAUAUCCUCCUCUCUCUUCUGUUUCUCUUCUUCUUGUUUCUUGCGAAUCACUUCUUGUUUCGCCUCAAACUCUUCUCGGAUUUUCGCUUCCUGCUCCAACUGCAAUUGUCGGGCCCGUUGCUUUCGUUCCUGUAGGAUUUGCCAUUCCUUCUGAGCUUUCACCUAUGGAAAUCGAACAAAAUGUACCGUUACACCGUUGAACCACAAACGGUAAGAACCGGCGUGGUGAAACCAGCUCUGGUAGUCUCGAAAACGGCACAGCGAAGCACGUACACCUUCGAGACGCGGCGACGAUUUCAGGAAUAAAAAGAUUGCAGUGGAAAAGUGAAUCAGAUUCACCGAAAUAGUUAACGAACGGACGUCCGUCGAUACGCGCAGGAACGAUACCAAGGAACAUCGUGUCAGUUGAUAAACACCACCUGCAUACACGUCAUUGAUGAGUGUAUACGCGUGUCCGUAUUCAUGAAUGUGUGCCUCGACUCAAAGACAAAUGUGCUGACAGCUUUUUGUGCCCGUAACUGUCCGUUGUCGCUGCACGGUUGUAGUCAGCGGUGUUCAACGACGAAGAGUGCAUCGAGUAUAGAUCGUCACGGUUCAGUUACGAAAAUGCCGAACGCGUGAUCCAUUCGCGAAUCCGAGUCACGAUGGGCAGCACGAAGAUGGAACUGAGAAAUGGACGCGUGGACGAAGGGGUCAACAAACCGGCGAAGGAUCAGAAACGGAAAUCGAAAUUUUGGACUUACUUGUUAUGGGCCUUCGGUGGUUUAGUCGGAGCGCACCACGUGUACCUGGAGAGGGACGACCAGGCGUUCGUGUAUUUCUGCACUCUCGGCGGAUUCGUGGGUCUCGGCUGGCUCCGAGACAUCUAUAGGAUCCCUACGUACGUGAACGAUGCGAACGAGGAGCCUCGUUUCGUGCAUUUCUUCAAGCAGAAAGUUCGAUACUAUGGCAAGCCGCCGUUUUCGACGGUGCGAUUCGCUGCUGCGACCGGCGUUGCAUUUUCGUGGGGCGAACUGUAUCGCAGUGCGAUGCCGGCAGACGAGGUCUUUGGCAUCAAUUUUCGGCACUUAUUAGUCUUGACACCUUUUGUGAUCGCAUUAGGUGUCUGGUUAGUUGGAAAUAUCGGUAGGGAGCAGGGAUCCAUAUGGUGGGCUCUGGGAUCGGCGUAUGUGUUUUACCCGACCUUACCCUAUAUCAGGGAUACUAGCUGGUGGGUGUUCCUGAUGGCCGUAGCCGCCUCGCUCAGCUUCGACACGUUCAGCAAGCAAUGGAGGCUGAAGCCAAGAAAGAAGAAAAGCUUCCUGCGCAGAAUGUUUUAUCUGAGCUUGGCCGCUGCUUUGUAUCUGACCUUGCACAGUUGCAAUUUGUAUUUCAACGUCAUGGUGACCGACAGCGAGGGCGAGGAGAUGCCAUUGUACGAGUACGUUCAAGUUUUCUUGGCCUCCGACAUAUGGCUCGAUCUCAAAACUAGUCUCGAAGCAACUUGGAACCAAACCAAGCAUCAAGGUUUCUGGGCAACGUGGGAGCAGCUGCUCGAUCUCACCGAUCCCCCGGAUGAAAUAAACGCUUAUGAGGUAUUGGGUGUCUCGCCAACGGCCACGCAGUCGGAAGUCACGGCUCGUUGGAGAGCUCUUUCGAGGGAUAAUCAUCCGGACAAGAUAAAGGGCACGGAAGAAGAGAGGCGACAGGCCCAGGAGAAAUUUAUGGAGAUUCAGAAGGCGUACGAAAUUCUUUCGAAGGCGAAGAAUCGGAGGCAACGUCGUAACAAGAAGAGCGACGUCACAUAGAGAGAGCCGACGUGCCGAUGACGAUGAUGCCAGUGUUCGAUGAAUCGGCAAUAACCGGGGAACCGUUUCUCGCGUUUAUUUGUUUAUAGAUAUAUUUUUAUCCGAAUCGUCGGAAUACGUAGAUACACGAGGCUCAGAGUCGAAGCGUUCUUGUUCAUCGAUCUCAUUCUACCUCGUUAUAUCCGGUUUUCGCGGUUCUUCCAUUAGACGUGCACGUGCGUACGAUCGAUUCGUGGAAAUUCAUUUGUAUAAAUAUAGGAGCAGGAUAUAUGUAAUAUGCUGUAAUCCACAACGACCAACUGGCGACCGACAUUUGCCGGGUGGAUCGCCGUCAUUCGCGGUUGCGAGAUAAAGUAAUUGUAAUUAUUAAUAUAGACGAACGUUUGUCAAGAUAGUGUACGACUGAAUAGAAUAAUUUUAAUAGAAAGAUAUUUAUUUAAAAGUUGUUAGGACGAUCACCGCGUAGGUAUAAAACACCGCGUCGCUGUCGCAUACGCUCGAAUGUCGCGAGAUAAAUCUGGUUCGGGGUGAGUUCAUUCAGCUAUAGAAAUCGAACGGGCAUUUAUCGGAGCGGCGUAUUGAAACUAUGUAUUUCGUCUAUUUCCCUCCCGUUAUUCGAUGAGUCACCGCGACCUUAGUCGACUGUUCGGUGUUCCCGAGUUUCAACACGUUCCACGGCUUCCUGUCCGUUGGUGCGGACCACCGAGAUCGUAAACCAAAAAUAAGUUCGACCGCUCCGAGCGCUUACACCUUUAACCACAGAAUUUUCAUCGAAAACAAUCUGAAACAACGUUUACAUCGUACAACGACGCUCAAAUAAACCGUGCCCGAGGAAAAUAGACGGUUUUUAAUCUCUGAUGUUCGCAGACGUACAAAACGCACCGUUAACAAGUAAAAGGGGACGCCGAACACGUAGAAAUGACACUAAUUUCAACGUCUAACGAUAAGAUCGCUCGCAGUUUUACACUAGAGAAGAACAGAGAACCGCGCCGCGGGAACAGCUCCGAUAUCGAACCGUUCACGGGGACGAUGCUUAAAAAAUUACAAUUUCUCCGACGCUUCUGCUUAAGAUACUCUGUGCGAUUUACUUGCUCUUCUUCUUCGACCGCGACGGUUUCACAAUCGCGUUCUCGAUCUUUUCCGUAAAACUCGAGCCGUGCUUCUCCUUGGAUUGUUCGAGAAAUUCCUGCGGCGACACCAGCGUUACCCUGGAAAGUAUCAGACGCGAACGAUCAUUUCUAGUUCGUGACACGCGAAGUGCCCGAUAAAAGCGCACAAUACCUGAGCUGCGGGACGCUGAGAGGUCGAAGAAGACUUUUCACCACGGGCGGGACUUCGCCGGCUUUCGGCAAGACGGGACUGCUCGCGCAUAGAGCGGCGCUAGUCAAUUGCGAAACUAACGAGAAAUUUCGAUCCGGCCCGGACGUAGUGCGGAACACUUUCCUUAUCUUUGACUUUAAUCCCGAGGACGGCGGCGAGAGAGGCGCCGCGGGAAUUGGUAUCACCUGUGUCAAUACGCUUUGUCAUUCCACGUCAUGAACGUAUAUCGCCUACGCAAUCAGGGCAUUCUAAUCUGACUAAAUUACGUAGCCGGUUACCUU